CAGUCAUCACUGCGUGUACCGGCUAGGUACGGCAUUGGCAGCAAGCUGUUUCGUCGCUGACGCAUGCGCAAAAAGCUCUCGCGUGAGAUAAAAUUUCACGACUGCCCAACACUGCUCUAUAGUUUGUUUCUAUUUUCGUGGUCAUCUACACGGUGGAAAAAAAAAUAAACUAAAGUCGGUGAUAAUAUGAUAGAUAUCCCUAAGAAAAGUGGCAUUAUUGGUGAAAGUAAACCCGUCAAUCGUUUAUUUCGACUACUAAAUUUUCGAAUUUAAAAAAUUGGGAAUCUGCAAAUUAAAAAAUUUGUGUAACUAAAAGUUUGAGAAUAUAAAAAUUUGGGAAAUUUGAAAAUUUGAACAUUUGAACAGCGCAUCCGUGGUUGUCAUACACAAACGAUAAUGUGUAGAAACGUAGACAGAAAAUGCGCAGAAAGACUGAAAACUGGUCGUUCGACGCUCUUGCUCUUUCCGUGAAUUGACUAUAUAUAGAUAGAUACUGUUGUAAUGUCCCUGUGAAUACUACAAACUUAUGGAGGGGCAAAAGAUAGGUUGGGGUUUUCAGUUAACCGCACUCGUCAUUCGCUUAGUGCAGCAUAGUGGCGGAGACGGUAAUAACAGCUACAUAUCGGAUAGUUGACAGACAUUGUAUGCGUUUACUUAUAUGAAAUCGUAAUUUUUAUGCGUGUAUUAUAUUAUUAAGAAAAUGGCAACACAAGAAGAAGUGGGUAUUGGAGAUUUGGUUCUUUUAGAUGAAAUUACUGUGGAGAGUGUUGUAGAUAAUUUACGGACAAGGUUUAACGGUGGUAAAAUUUACACGUAUAUUGGAGAAGUAUGUGUCAGUAUAAAUCCUUAUAGAAAUAUAAACAUAUACGAUAGCAAUUAUAUCAAUAAAUAUAAAGAUAGAGAAUUAUUUGAAAAUCCACCACAUAUUUUUGCGAUUUCUGAUGCCGUGCACAGAGAAAUGAAACAACAAGGUCGUGAUACUUGUAUAGUAAUAAGUGGAGAGUCAGGAUCUGGGAAAACAGAAGCGAGUAAAAUUAUUAUGAAAUACAUUGCUGCAGUUACAAAUUUAAGUGGUCAGCAAGAGAUUGAAAGAGUAAAAAAUAUUCUUAUUCAAUCCAAUUCGAUAUUGGAAGCCUUUGGAAAUGCGAAAACAAAUAGAAAUGAUAAUUCGUCUCGAUUUGGAAAAUACAUGGAUAUAAAUUUCAAUUUCAAAGGAGAUCCAAUUGGCGGACAUGUUACCAAUUACUUGCUGGAGAAGUCAAGAGUUGUGUAUCAACAAAAUGGUGAACGUAACUUUCAUUGUUUUUAUCAGUUAUUAAAUGGCUGUAGCGAAGGAGAAUUAAAUAAACUAAGAUUGGUCAGAGACCCAGCUGCAUACUUCUAUGUUGGUGCUGGAAAUUGUAAUAAAGCGAGUCCAAGUGAUAAAAGUGAUUAUAAAAUGGUUAUUUCUGCUAUGUCUACUCUUGGAUUUGUUGAAAAUGAAGUACAUACAAUCUGGAAUAUUAUUGCUGGCAUACUGCAUUUGGGCAAUAUUACUUUCAAACACGAAGAGGAUAAACUAUUAAUUGCCAACAGAACUGCUUUAAAUGAUACAGCUAAUUUACUGUCUAUUAGCCCACAAGAAUUAAGUACUGCUUUAACUCAAAGAGUUAUCGCAGCAGGUGGAGAAGUUAUGCAGAAAACUCAUACUUCAACAGAAGCAGAAUAUGGAAGGGAUGCCUUAGCGAAAGCUAUAUAUGAAAGGUUAUUCACCGAGAUAGUAUCCCGUGUUAAUACUGCUAUUAAUGUGAAUGAUACAGAAACUUAUAAGAGAUAUAGAACAGUGAUAGGUGUACUUGAUAUAUAUGGAUUUGAAAUUUUUGAUACGAAUAGUUUUGAACAAUUCUGUAUUAACUAUUGCAAUGAAAAAUUACAACAACUAUUUAUUGAACUGGUAUUAAAGCAAGAACAAGAAGAAUAUAAAAGAGAAGGUAUAGCAUGGCAAAAUAUUGAUUAUUUCAAUAAUCAGAUAAUUUGUGAUCUUGUGGAACAACCUCACAAAGGAAUUAUAGCAAUUAUGGAUGAAGCUUGUCUUAGCGUUGGCAAAAUUACAGACGAAAUGCUUUUGGAGGCUAUGGAUCAAAAGUUAUUUGAUCACAAACAUUAUUCAUCCCGGCAAUUAAAACCAAUGGAUAAAGAACUUCAGCAUAAAAUUCAAUUUAAAAUUAAACAUUAUGCUGGAGAUGUAAUAUAUAAUAUUAAUGGCUGUUUAGAUAAAAAUAAAGAUACACUAUUUCAAGAUUUUAAACGUUUACUGUAUAACAGUAAGAAUCCAAUAAUUAGCAAAAUGUGGCCAGAAGGGGCUCAAAAUAUUUUAAAGACAACAAAAAGACCUUUAACUGCCGGUACUCUAUUUCGUAAUUCUAUGAUAGCUCUGGUUAAAAAUUUGACAAGUAAAGAACCGUUCUAUGUUAGAUGCAUAAAACCUAACGAAGUUAAAUCGCCAGUUGUGUUCGAUGAAGAAAGAGUAAACCAUCAAGUACGAUAUUUAGGUCUUGUUGAAAAUGUAUUGGUCAGACGCGCUGGUUUUGCAUAUCGUCAACGAUAUGAUACAUUUUUAAAACGAUACAAGAUGAUAUCACAAUAUACUUGGCCAAAUUUUCGAGGUGGUACUGAUAAAGAUGGUGUACGUAAAUUAAUAGAUGAAACAGGUUUUAGUAACGACGUGAAAUAUGGACAUACUAAAAUAUUUAUUCGCUCGCCUCAAACGCUUUUUGCGUUAGAAAAGGCACGUAGUGAUUUGAUACCAAGUAUCGUAAUACUAUUACAAAAACAAUGGAGGGGAUACUUGUGUCGUCAAAAAUAUAAAAAGAUGAAGGCUGCGCUUAUUAUAAUGAAACACUAUCGAAGAUAUAAAAUACGUACUUAUAUUAAAGAAUUAGAGAAAACUUUUCAAAAUGCGAAGAUGAUGCGUGAUUAUGGCAAGCACUUACCUUGGCCCCGUGAAAAUUUUGCAGUAAAACAUGUAAUACCUGUUCUAAAAAUUAUGUAUGGGAGGUGGAGGGCAUGGAUGAUACUUCGACUUAUCCCUAGGGAAGAUUGGCCUCAAUUACGGUUAAAAAUGGCUGCCGGAAGUGUUUUACGUUCGAAACGAGUUUACUGGGGACAAGACAGACGCUGGGAAGGAAAUUAUUUAUCUAAACCAGAAGAGAACCCUCAAAGUGACAUUUUUAAUGCUUCGAUAAAUAAUCUUCGUAAUACCGAUCAUUUUAAAACUGUCUUGUUUAGUGCGUUCAUAAAAAAGACUAAUAGGUUUAAUAAACCGAAAGAUCGUGUACUGGUUGUUACCGAGCAUGCAAUAUAUAAACUUGAGAAUUCUAAAUUUAAGACUAUGAGAAAAGGUAUGCCAAUAACAGAGAUCACAGGUCUGAGUGUAUCAUCCGGAAGAGAUCAACUUAUAACGAUCCACUCAAAUCGAGGAAACGAUUUCAUUAUGUCUAUCAUUACUAAAGAAGAUAAAGUUGGCGAACUUGUUGGUAUUUUAAGUAAUAAAUAUAAUCAGUUACGUUCCGCUGACUUACAAGUUAUGGUGGAUAUAAAAUUCAAGUGUAUGUUAGGAAACAAAAGCAAGAUGUUACGAGUAGAAGUACAUCCCGAGGUUAAUGAGCCAACAUUCAAGAAAGAUGGAGACAACAUUAUAUAUGCCAUUCCACCAUCAGUUGGUAUAAUUGAUGGAAAUACUAAUACAAGGUUUCAAAGUAGGUCAACUAAUUGAAAUGAUAAUUAGUUCGAUAUUUUAUCAAAAGCAGUGUAAUUAAAUUAUUCUUAAAGCUUUUAUGAGAAUGCUUCGAAGUUCUUAUAUUCGUGUGUCUUAAAGGCUGUUUUAAGCAUUUCUUGAUGUACAAAUACUGUUAGGAAAAGUAUGAGUCAUUAUUAAUAAGUGAAAAACAAAAGCGAAUACAUCUAUUUAAUAACGUGAAGUAUUUUUAUCAUAAAAAGUCAAUUGAAUAAUCAUCACUGUUGAACAGAAUUAAUUCUUUUUUGUAAAUACAUGCUAAAAGCAACGCAAUAUUUUGCAAGUAAUACAAGUAAUAAAUGCGUUAUACAUGUGAAUAAUUUGUAAAUUAUAAAAUUUGGAAUCAUAUAUAUAUAUAUAUA